AUGGACACUGCGGGGCGCGCUCAGGGCCGCGGGGCCGCGGCGAAGAGGCUGCUGCUUGGGGCGGCUGCCGCCGCCAAGGGGCUUAAGGAGGACCUGAGGGGCGUGGCCGCCCGGCCUUGGAGGGAUUUGUCCGGGAUCCCAAAGCAGGAGGGGCCUGGAGAAGAAGAGGCUGCAGUUGACCGACACGAGUUCCUACUGCCGAAUGAGAGAAGCUUUCAGAAUGCUGCUAAAAGCAAUAAUUUGGAUCUUAUGGAGAAGCUGUUUGAAAAGAAGGUUAACAUUAAUGCCGUGAACAAUAUGAACCGUACAGCCCUGCAUUUUGCAGUUGGGGGAAAUCAUUUAUCUGCAGUGGAUUUCUUGCUUAAUCACAAGGCCAGGGUGGAUGUUGCUGAUAAGCAUGGCUUGACAGUAAUUCACCUUGCAGCCUGGUCUGGAAACCUUGAGAUCAUGCUCAUGCUGGUUAGAGCUGGAGCUGACCAGAGAGCCAAGAAUCAGGAUGGAAUGAACGCCCUCCACUUUGCAGCUCAGAGCAAUAAUGUCCGCAUCAUGGAGUACCUCAUUCAAGAUCUGCACCUGAAGGACCUGAACCAGCCUGAUGAGAAAGGAAGAAAACCAUUUCUUUUGGCUGCUGAAAGGGGCCAUGUGGAAAUGAUAGAAAAACUUAUCUUCCUUGAUCUGCAUACUUCAGAAAAGGACAAGGAGGGAAACACUGCCCUGCACCUUGCUGCAAAGCAUGGUCACAGUCCUGCAGUGAAGGUGCUGCUGACUCAAUGGCAAGAAAUAAAUGAGAUGAAUGAGCUCAAUAUCAGUGGUUUGCAGAUAGCAAUCCAGAAUGGCCACACAUCCCUUGUCAACCUUCUUCUCAGUGAGAACGUGGAUCUGCACCAGAAAGUGGAACCUAAGGAGUCCCCGCUUCAUGUAGCUGUUACCAACAACCAUAUCACAGUUGUAAACAGCUUAUUAAGGGCACAGCAUGAUAUCGACAUCUUAAAUCAGAGACAGCAAACCCCUCUGCAUAUAGCUGCUGAUCUUGGAAAUGUGGAGCUGGUGGAAACCCUGCUGAAGGCAGGCUGUGACUUGAAGGUUGUUGAUAAGCAAGGAAAGACUGCCCUGGAAGUGGCCUCCAGGAGCAACCAUAGCCUUGUGGUGGACAUGCUCAUUAAAGCAGAGAGAUACUAUGCCUGGAGAGAGGAGCAUCGUGAGGGCGUCAGGGACCCAUCAACAGGCUUUACUCUGACGUUCAAACAAGAUCACAGUCUGGAGACCAGGCACAUCCGCACGCUCCUCUGGAACCUGGCUUACCAUCAGCUGAAGGCCAACCAGUGGCGGAGGCUGGCCCGUUCGUGGAACUUCACAGAUAACCAGAUCAGAGCCAUCGAGGAGCAGUGGUCAGGAGAUGAAAGCUUCCGUGAACAUGGCCACAGGGCUCUGCUCAUCUGGCUGCACGGGGCCCUGAUGACUCAGGCUGAUCCGGUCAAGCACCUGUAUGAAGAGCUGGUACGUGCAGGUUUCCCAGAACUAGCUGAAAAGAGUCGUCAAUUCAAAAGCAAAACUGACUCAAGCUCCAAGAAAUGUGCAGUUUCAUAA